AUGAUCCCGCGGCUGUUGCAAAUCCUACUUCUUCUUCUGAUCGUCUACCCGGAAACGGCCGCCUACGACUGCCUACAAUAUUCCAAGCAACAAUACACGACCAUAGUGAGCUGUCCAGUCGCCUGCGAAUACUCCUACAAAGCAAAACGUGAGUGUGUGUGCGUGGAUGGAGAGAGGGUACGCAUGCGCCAUUUGUCUCUCUCUCCGACGUGGCGAGAUGGCCGAGUGGUCUAAGGCGCUGGUUUUAGGCACCAGUCUCUUCGGGGGCGUGGGUUCGAAUCCCACUCUCGUCAGCUCUUUUUGCUAUUUAUUUUAUUUUUCGUGAUUUUUUAUGAAAAAAGUUUAGGAACUAACGAAAAGUGGUCCGGCGGAUGUUCGACGUCUUCAGACAAAGGUUGCCGAACCAGAGGUGACGUCACAGUUUGCACUUGCACCGGAGACCGUUGCAACGAGCAGGGCUACAAAAUGGACUCCGGCGAGGAUGAGAAAUAA